AUGGCUAAUAAUUGGGGACUCGUUACUACGUUGAUAGCCAUAUUCUCGUCGUUGACCGUCGUCCACGCGCAAAACUAUCCCUUAGUGACCGAUUCGAGAUGCAACUGCUAUAGAACCAAUACAACGACUGCCCAUUACUUUACGCAUCAUCGCUUCUUCGAUUUUAGGGAUCAGACCCAGAAUGUCCGCGUGCCAGGGCCGAUCAAUGAUCCAAAAGGUAGCGCUGAUGCGCCUGUGACGAAUAAUUACUUUAACGAUCCUACUUGGACGAGCAUGUGGUCUAUCCAGACAUGGAAUAACAGUGCUCUCAUGAACGGCAGCUCGGACGUUACUGGAAGUGAUGCGUCGGUACUGAUGGUGAACUCAGCGAAUAAUAUCUACUUCGACAGGAAUUCAGACCCACGAGCGUCCUCCAAGACAUAUCUCGUAAUGCGAACGAUGCGUCAUGAUAAUUUCCAAUCGGCUUCAGAGAUCGAGUCUAUCUCCCUCGGUUAUCGGUACCUGUCUAUCCGUAUGUAUGCCAGGACUAGGGGUGCGCCAGGGGCCGUUACGGCUAUGUUCACUUUCCGCGAAGCGCCACAGAUUUCUCAAGUACAAGAAGCCGAUCUUGAGGUUAGAACUGUCGACCCGAAGUACUCGAUACAGUAUACGAACCAGCCAUCCUGGAACGAGGCCGGUGAUAUCCCCCAGGCAACUCGAAACGUCUCCCUACCAAACCGCGUAGAUUGGUCCGAGUGGCAGUAUCAUCGAAUGGACUGGACCCCGGGAUCCACAAGUUGGUUCGUCGAUGGGCAACUUAUGUCUUCUAUCCAGUUCCAGGCACCCCGCGACGCAAGCCGUAUCAUGUUCAACAGCUGGAGCGAUGGUGGCAGUUGGAGUGGCAACAUGACCAAGGGCCAGUCUGCGGAGAUGCAGAUUCAGUGGAUCGACAUCGUUUAUAAUAGCACAGACCCGGUGCCUGGAAACCCGUUCACGAACCCCGGAGCUGGAGGAUCGUGUGCAAAUACUUGCAGUAUUGAUCUCACCUCGAAAACUGGUACCCCUGUGUUGAUAUCUGGGCCUCAAGGUGGACAACCCGGACAACCACCGGCUCCUGGCGGUGGUAACGCCUGUGCUGCGGCUAAAUAUGGGCAAUGUGCCGGCAAGACCUGGAAUGGAUGCACUGUCUGUGCUGCUGGGACAACAUGCAGGUUCCAGAAUGAUUAUUAUUCACAAUGCCUUUGA